AUGGCAUCUAUCUUCAAGAAUGGGCGUAUCUUCGUGCCCUCAGCUUUGAACAACGGCAAAGGCUUUGCCGAAUGCAUGAUCAUUGAGGAUGGCAAAAUCUCAUAUGUCGGCGCUCCAGAUGCAACAGCAACCCCAAAAAAUGCGACGAUCAUUGACCUACAAAACAGGACUGUGAUUCCUGGUUUUAUCGAUGCUCAUGUACACAUCUUACAAUACGGCCAAUCCCUCCGCAAGGCCAACCUCAUUGAAUGCACAUCCCUGGAACAAAUACGUGAAACGAUCAAAUCCUACGCUGAAGCUCAUCCUUCCAUUCCUCGGAUCUUAUGCCGAGGCUGGAUCCAAUCCUCCACAAAUGGGGUCGCAUUAGCCAGCAUGCUAGAUGACAUCGACCCACGCCCCAUCUUCGUUGAUUCCUUCGACCUCCACUCCAUGUGGUGCAGCUCAGCUGCCCUCGACGAAAUGAAGGCCCACACUGCCCCCGAUCUCCCAGGAGGAACUAUUCACCGUGAUGAAAACGGGAAGGCGUCAGGCCUACUCGAUGAAUCAGCUCUCAUGAACCUCGCAUGGCCCCAUCUAGAAGGUGUCACCUCCACAGCGGACAAACUAGACGCCCUAGACACAGCCGUCAAGGCCUACACUGCAGCCGGAUAUACCGGUCUGGUAGAUAUGGCCAUGGACGAAGUAACCUGGGAGAUCCUAAACCUUUACCGACAGGACCACACCAUCCCCUUCCACAUCGGCGCCCACUGGCUGGUCCCCUUCGCAGCCGACCAAAGCGCCAACUUCGAAUACGUCGAUCGAGCAAUCGAGUUACGCAAACAAUACAAUCAACCCGACUUCUGCAUUGUAGGAAUCAAAUUGAUCUGCGAUGGCGUCGUCGACGGCUGCACCGCCGCUCUUAUGCAGCCAUACACAGGCAAAUCAGACCCAGUCGACCCAAUCUGGCCAGAAGAUAUGUUACAAGAAGUCGUGCAGCGCGCCGACGCCGCCGGAAUCCAAUGUGCCAUCCAUGCAAUCGGCGACAAAGCAAUCCACCAAGCAAUUAACGUCCUCUCUCGAGUCGGUACACCAGGCGCCAGACACAGAAUCGAGCAUUUGGAAUUGACGACUUCGGAAGAUGCUAAGCGACUCGGUCAACUUGGUAUCACUGCUUCAAUUCAGCCCGUUCAUUCCGAUCCUAUGCUUUUCAAGGCAUGGCCUGGUCUUGUUGGUCCGGAGCGUUGUAAGCGUGCGUUCGCUUAUAAGGAGUUCCUGGAUGGCGGGGCUCCUAUUGCUAUUGGGACUGAUGCGCCUACUGCUCCUCAUAUGCCUUUCCCCAAUUUAUAUAAUGCUACCACUAGACGGUCGGCGCUGGAGACAGAGAGUGACAAGACUGUUAAUCCGCAUUUCGGGCUUGGGCUUGUUGAGGCUGCUACUGCUGCUACUACUGGUGCGGCUUAUGCGCGCUUUGCUGAUGAUUGGACUGGUAGUUUGAAGAAGGGUCUCUUUGCGGACUUUUUGGUUGUUGAUAUGCAGUGGACGCCGGAGACCUUGCUGGAAGCUAGGGUUUGCCAGACUUGGUAUCGGGGGAUGAAGGUAUUUGAUUCGCAAAGUUGA